CCUUCCUCGCGGGGCGUCUGCACCUUUGCCCUGCCCAGCCCCGAAGGCCUCCCGGCUCGGCUCCCGGACCUGAGCGAAAGCGGGGUGCGCGAGGUCCGGCCUUCGGGCAGGGCCGGCGUGGACAGAAGUCCGCAGGAAGCCGAGCGCCGGCGGGGGAGGGAGGGCGUCACGUCCUGCCGGACCGCGGGCUGCCUGGCCGCAGUCACCUCGGGAGGCGCCCCGGGCUCCACGGCGGCCGAGGAUGCCCGCCCUGCACAUCGAAGAUCUGCCCGAGAAGGAAAAGCUGAAGAUGGAAGUGGAGCAACUUCGCAAGGAAGUCAAGCUGCAGAGACAGCAGGUGUCUAAAUGUUCUGAAGAAAUAAAGAACUAUAUUGAAGAACGUUCUGGGGAGGAUCCCCUGGUGAAGGGAAUUCCAGAAGACAAGAAUCCCUUCAAAGAAAAAAGCAGCUGCAUUAUUUCGUAAAUAACUCCAAGGAGAAAAUAUGUCUUCAGCAGAAGAGCUCAAUUUUUAUAUCUUCCCCAAAUAAACCCUUUUAAGGAAGAAGAAAUUAAACUUAAUGAGACUCUCUGAAGCACUAGAUGCAUGGGGUUAUUUGUAAAGGCAUAUCUGCUUUUCCUUUCAUGCUCACUAUACAUCCUUUUAGCAGGCAGCAUACAUCCACUGUUGCACAAUUAUGGAAUUAAGGAUAUUAUCGUGCAUAACUCAGCUUUUUCACUACUUUGCUUGAUGCCUCAAAUAAAGUUUUGUGUUGGGAAAAUGAAUGAAAAUGAAA